AAUCAUACUAAUAAACACUUUACGCACACUGUCACGCGCUGUGAAACAGCAAGGCAAUUUCACCCUCUCGCUUCAAAUGACUCGUUGUUUCAGGUUUCUUCGCGCCGUAAACUCGUCGGCGAUCACCGGCGCUGCUACUUCGGACUCGCCGGAACAACCGGCUACUUUGGACUCAGAUUUCGUGGUGAUACUGGCUGCACUUCUAUGCGCUCUUAUAUGUGUUCUGGGACUCAUCGCCGUCGCCCGCUGCGCCUGGCUUAGAAGGCUUUCUUCCCCUACUAACUCCAGGGCUUCGGCUUCGGCUCGGUCUCAGCCUCCUCUUCAUUCAGCUGCAAACAAAGGUCUGAAGAAGAAGAUCCUUCACUCCCUCCCUAAACAGACCUUCUCUGCCAAUUCUGCAGCCAAAUUCACCGAUUGCGCAAUUUGUCUGACGGAAUUCACAAACGGAGACGAAAUCCGAGUGUUGCCUCAGUGCGGUCAUGGAUUCCACGUGAACUGUAUCGACAUGUGGCUAGGGUCCCACUCAUCCUGUCCAUCUUGCCGUCAAAUUUUGGUGGUAACCACGUGUCAGAAGUGUGGCGGUUUCCCGGCUAGUACGAGCGGCGGAGCUGGAACGGAGGCUAGAUUCAAGGAGCGAGCAGAUGAGGCCAAUAGGUUCUUGCCCUAGCCUUCUUAUCUCUCGUUGUGUGAUAGUAAUUAAGAUGCUUGACUAUUAGUCCAGGAACUAAAUUAGAUGGAGAGCAGCAAAUUAGGAUUAGAAAAGGAAGAAUGAAGCAUGGAUCCGACUAGAAAUUGUGUUUUGGCUUACGUACCUGUGUGUAUGUCAAUAUCUGUAAAAAUAAAAAAAAAAACAUUAGAAAAAUUACCCCAACAGAAAGAAAUAGUCAACCUUGGUUGUGUAAUUAUUUAGUGAUUAGGGUGUAAUUUAAAAUUUUAAUCUCUCUCACCCAGGAGUUGUGCUGGGUGCUAAUGUGCUGGGCAAUUUGUUUUUUACCCUUUUGC